UGCCCUUUGACGCUAGUCUCAAAUGGGACUUUUGUUGCUAUCUUGUUCGACAUCAUCUAUCUAAACGCUCUCACUGCGGUCGCUGUAGAGGGGAGCCGUUUUUGGCUCCUCGAUCGACCAUCAUGCUCUCUCCAGUUAUAUGCAAGUCUCAUAGCGCCGACCGUGUCCUUCUCUGCUUCCAUCCUUCCUACCAUGAGCAUCUCUCGCAGCUCUUCCAGUCCUUUUGAAGUCCGUCCUCGUCUACAAAACCGUUAUUAUCCUCACCUUCUUUGUUCCUACUCCAGGUUUUCCUUUGUUUGCCGGUUCCCCGCGGGCUGUGUCGACCAUGGCGCCUCGCUCCCGACCAGUUGGAUCUGAUGACAAAGAGAAUCAGACUGAUGCCGGUUCUACGGGGCUAGAGACCACACAGCGAAAAAUUAUGAAAAGUCCCAGCCUCAUAAAAGCGCCCACCGGUGUGACAAUUGCCAUGGGUCAGUUCUUACAGACCAUGCAACCGCCCAGUGCAAGCCAGAUCAUUCUUUUUGUCUCUUUUCUCCUUCUGUCUCUUCUCGCUAUAUUGGCCUGCUGAUACUGACUUGGCCACUCCGCGUGGGCUUGCCUGUGUUAAUUGAUGACUGAUGCAGGGGGCUCUAUAGGGAUGGUUAAUAACGAGUAAAUUGAAGGUAUAGAUUGGGCAGCUCUCCGAGGAAUUGCUAGUCCUUGGAGAAGGAAUCAGUACACCUUCAGAGAUCUUAGUAUCACGCUGUGCACCCCUAUCAGUAACUGGACGAAGCUGAGGAGUUGAUAUCAGAUAAUGCCGAGGAAGUGAAAGAAGCGAAG